GCGUACGAUACAUUCAUCCAGGCUCCCUCCCUCCCUCCCUCUCUCCUUCCUGACAGCAACGACAUGGCAGCAGCGGCCACAUUAGAGUUCCUGCCGUUCGAGGCGCGGCGCACGCUCGUGCUCGGCGGCGCAACGAAGCGCGUCAUGCUGGCCUCGCGCAGCCCCUCCCCCGGCCCCGGUCAGAACCCCGCAAGCUUCCCCCCCUCGCCGAAGGUGCGCCGCAUCGCGCCCGUCGCGCCGGCGGCCGCGGGCUUCGCGAGUGCGGCGAGCAGCUCUUCGUCGGCGCCGGUGCCAGCGCCAGCGCCAGCGGCACCAGCAACCCCCACGUCGCUCGCGUCGCCGUCGCGCAAGGGCAAGGAGCGCGAGGUGCUCGCCAACGGCACCCCGAACGGAACCCCCAAGCCCAAUGGCACGCCCAAGGCAAACGGCACGCCGAAAUCCAAUGGCACGACGCCCAACGGCCACGGAAAGCUCGCGAACGGCAAGCCCAACGGCGUGGCCAAGCCCGCGCCGAAGGCAGGAGCAGCCGGUGCGGGGCUUCACCCGCCCAUCGAGGACCUGUCGUGGCCCGAGCCGAUCGCGAGCGCCAAGCGCCCCGCGGCGGGGCUGCAUAACGGCUCAAUGGCAUGCUACACGAACGCGACGCUGCAGGUGCUGCUGCACACGCCGCCCGUGUUGGCGAUCGCGCUCGCGCACGACGGAGCGAGCUGCGCGCAGGCGCACCACUCCAAGACCAAGUUCUGCAUGCUGUGCGCUCUGCGCCAGAUCGCAGUCGCCGACCACUGGGCCGGCAAGAAACGCGCGUACCGGCCCCUCCCGGUACACAACCACCUUGGCCAGAUCAAGAAGGGGUUCAGCCGGCACAGGCAGGAGGACACGCACGAGUUCUUUAGAUUCGUGACGGACGCGCUGCAGAACACGGCGCUGGCGGGCAAGCCCAAGGACUUACCGGAGAAGCUCAAGCGCACAACGUGGGUCUACCGCACCUGGGGCGGGCAGGUACGCUCGCGCGUGCUGUGCUUGUCGUGCCGCAAGCCGUCGGACACGUUCGACUCGUUCCUCGACCUGUCGCUUGACGUGCCGGCGCGCGCGCGGACGCUGGACCAGCUGUUCAAGGGGUUCAUCCACGAGGACCGGCUGGACGGAGAGAACAAGUACAACUGCGAGAACUGCAAGAAGAAGUCGGCGGCUACAAAGUCGAUGCGGAUCGCAGAGGCGCCGCCCGUCCUCACGCUCCAUCUCAAGCGCUUCGGGUUCAGCUUAUCCAUGACGGGGCGGAUGACAAAGAUGAACAACCCGAUCGAGUACGGCAAGACGCUCGACAUUGCGCCGUACAUGACCGAGGGAAGGCACGACCACACCCGCUACCGCCUCUUUGGCGUCACCUGCCACCACGGCUCGUCGCUCAACUAUGGCCACUACACGUCGUACGUCCAGGCGCCCGACGGCAAGUGGUACGACGCGGACGACGACGACGUGUCGCCGGUCAAGUUGUCUGACGUGCUCGGCUCGCGCUCGGCGUACUUGCUCAGCUACAUCCGCAGCGACGUUGCCGAGACCGAGCUGUCAACACCAGUGGCGACACCUGCACCGGCGGCGGUGGCGCAGUCGGUCGGGCCGAAGCGGAGACGUGAGGAUGACGGUGUCGAGGGCGCUGGCGCCGAGUCGGCGUCCCCUUCGCCCGUCAAGCGGCCCGCACCGGCCGCCCUGUCGCCGAUCAAGGCGAACGGCAGCGCAGACUCGGCGUUGGAGAGACUGCUCAACCUGGGAAACGGGGAGCCCGCGAGCCCCGCGAGCCCCGUGCGCAAGCCGCAGCCGGUCCAGCGGCAGCAGCUGCCGCCCUCGCCCGUCUCGUCGAGACCGUCGCACAAACUCAAGACGAAGCACCAGAACCACCGGGCCAACCUCAAGCAGUUGGCCGUGGGCGACCGGCACCACCACAAGGGCGCGCCCAAGUCGCCCUUCGUGCCGGGCAGCCACGCGCGAUCCAACGCGAGAACGUUCUCCAUGAAGCAGCGCGAGGUUGCGUUCGGGCGCAACCAGAAGCGGAUGAAGGGCAAGGGGGGCCGCCACUAGCAUACACAUUGAGCAUUACUGCAUGAAAUUGUCUAUCACGG